AUGGGCGUCACCACUGCUCUGAUUCUCCUAGGCGUUGUGCUGACUUUGUGGUACUUGCAAUUGUUCACCGUCCUAUGCAUUGCCAUGGCACCUACCUUGUACAGUGGCUUUCGCCUGUACAAGCAGCGACGCUCUGGCACGAAAGGAGCGCAAGACACCCACUUUGACUGGAAAGAUAGUUGUGCCGAAUUCUUUGAUGUCAACACUGACGGGGCUAUGAAGCGGCGCAGAGAGGCUGCCGAAGCCGUCAUCAAGUCAGUGGAUGCCCAAGCUGCAAAGAAUUUCAAUGAGUUUGUUAAAGAUGUUGACGCAAUUGCAAUCUAUGGAUGCG